AUGGUUGGCUCCAGGUAUCUGGGCACUGCCCUGCUGUCAUUGCUGGCUUUCAACUCUGGAGCCCUCGCCCACCGCUGGUUCAACUGGCAGGAUGAUAUUACCUGCGAGGCCGACGGUUUAUUCGUCCCCGACGAUGAGGCAGACCUCAUCAGCUUCGUCAAGGAGCACUACCCCAGGAAAACCAUGAUGAGGCCAGUCGGCAAUGGCCACGGUUUCGGCAAUCUGACCACCUGCGUGAAUGUCGGGGAGACAGACCGCGAGUCGUAUAUCCUCAGCUUGACCAACUUGAAGCACAUGCAGGUGCACAAGAACAACACGGUCACUCUCGGUGCUGGCUGGGAUCUGAUUGACCUCAUCCCCGCUCUGCACGAGCAAGGCCUUCAGGUGCACAAUCUGGGCAGUGAAAAGGUGCAGAACUACAUCGGUGCUGCAACCACUGGCACCCACGGCACUGGCAAGUCGAACCAGAACCUCGCGACUCAGAUCGUUGGACUGCGCGUCUUGGACGCUCAAGGGAACAUUCACAGCAUGGACAAGGCCAGCAACCCCGACCUCCUCAAGGCCUACGCCAUCGGCAUCGGCGCCAUGGGCAUCGUCAUCGAGGUCACCCUGCAAGCCGAGCCCUUAUCCUACCUGAAGCGCACCUCCAAGGUGAUCAAGGGCUCGCACAACAUCACCGAGCUGUACAAGUCCAUCGCCGCAAUGGGCGACAAAUACGAACAGAUCAACAUCCUCGGGCCCAACCUCGACUGGUCAGUAAAAGACCAAGACCUCGUGCUGCAGCCCGAAGUCACCCUCGUCUCCUGGGAAAAGACGGACUUCAGCGGCGUCCAGAACUGCUCGCAGGACUUUUGUGCCAACGACUGCGGGCCCUGCGACCGCGACUACUUCUGCUACGACUUCAAGAUGGACGCCAUCGCCACCCCGCCCCAGGGCAUCUGCUACCGCGGCUUCAUGGGCCAGUUCGAGCACUUCCUCCCGAUCGAGAACCUGGCUACCGCUGGCGAGGACUACCUUAACUUCGCAAAGUCCCAGGCGAAACGCAUGAUCCCGUAUCAGAAUGCGGAUAUUGCCGCCGAUGCGUCAAGGGGGUAUCUAAGUGACGAUGUCACGGUCAUUACACGCUUCGUCAAGGCAGACGAUAACUGGAUGUCCCCUGUGAACUCGUACAAUCUGCCCGAAGGCUCGCGUGGCGUAUUCGCAUCGCUGGAGUACUCCUGGAUCCCAACGUAUAACAACUUCACGCAGCAAUGGUUCCACCAGGAUCUGGCGAGCGAGUUCAUCCCGCAGUUCGGCGAGAAGUAUAACGUGCGUCCGCACUGGAAUAAGAUGAUGUUCCAUAAUGAGACGUAUACGGAGACGAUCUAUCCCAGGAUUCAUGACUGGUUGGAGCUGCAGAGGGAGAUGGAUCCGAAUUGCCAGUUUGUGAAUGAGUUUUUGGUGCAUUCGUUGGGGAUUGACCGGUGUCAGAGUGUCUUUAAUUAG